UACAAUCACACACUCAAUUUCUGGGGAUCUGAGAGCUUCAAUGGUGUUAAAUUUAGUUUAGUAAUAUCAGUUAAGUUUAGUAAUCUAGUAAUAUCUUUUAAUAACUGAAGAACACUUUUUAGCUGCAGGUGAAGAGGAUUUAAGGAGAAGAUUCAAAGACCUGCCAUACAAAAUAUAUUUAAUCUGACUGCUCGACAUUGUGUUUCAGUGCUUGAAGUUCCAGCUUCAGCUCCAAAUCCAUUUAAAAUCAUGAUACUCUUCCUGAAGCUCACUCUACUCACCUUCAUUGCAGCUCAGAGCUUGUUUGUUGCUGGAGAGAAUAUAAUUACCUGCGAUGAUGAUAUCCAGCAGCUUGCUUGUGACACCGGACUGAUAUUAGUGAAGUCUUCUUUGUAUGGCCGUACUGACAACGAUACCUGUGGUAUUAGCUGGGACCCAUUUAACCCUGUCAAUACCAGCUGUUCUUCGAAGAUUUCCACUAUUGCUGAUAGAUGCAAUGGACUAAGAGUGUGUGAGGUAAAGACAGCUUUACUUUAUACCCCUGACCCAUGUUAUGGAACUUACAAGUACUACAACACCACUUAUGAGUGCAUCAGUGGCCGAGUCGCUGUGAUCUGUGAGCGUGGCUACAGCACACUGGACUGCGGAGACGGAACUAUUCAGAUCAUAAAUGCGAACUAUGGCCGCAGUGAUUCAGUAACCUGUUCCAAUGGACUUUCUAACAGCUUGAUUCAGAACACCAACUGUUUCGCUCCAAAAACAUCCUCAAAAGUGGCCACACUCUGUAAUGGACAGAGCAGAUGCACUGUAGAAGCUUCAUACAGCAUCUUUACUGACCCUUGCAGUGAGACUGUUAAAUACCUCACUGUGUCCUACAUGUGCACUAGAACGACUGUGACCUGUGAACACAAUACUGCCGUGCUGACAUGCGGUGCUCACCGUAUAAAGAUCAUCAGUGCUAACUACGGACGAACUGAUUCCACCACAUGUUCUUCAGGACGACCUACCAGUCAAAUCACCUAUACAAAUUGCUAUUCACCUGACGCAGUAAAUAAAGUUGCAGCUAGAUGUGAGGGACAGAGCAGGUGUGAGGUGCCUGCGACAAACAAUUUCUUCUCUGACCCUUGUGUUGGCACCUUUAAGUACCUGACAAUUGCAUACUCCUGUAUUUAACCAGCAACUCAAGGGAUUCCAGCUUUCUCCCCAGUCUCUUCAACCUGAAAAAGAAUUAGACCAAGAUUUAGAUACACAAACGUGCAGAGGAUGGGGUGCAGGAGUUUUUUUUUGUUGGUGCACUUAAUAUUUGCAUAUUAUACUAACUGCUGUAAUGAUUUCAUUUUCAAAUGUACUUGUUAUUGUUACAAUAAUUGGCAAUAAAGAUCAUCUAAACGCAA